AUGGCAGAUAAAUCAGCAUUCGUGCCAGUCGAUGCCAUUGGCAAUCACAAGAACACCGAUCUUGAUGUGGAUAUCGACGAUGAGCUCUUCGGAAAGAAACCUCCGACCGCUCCAGCAGCUCCAGCAGCUCCAGCAUCUUCUUCCAAAAUGAGUGCUCCAGUUGCCACUAAGCCAACUUCACCAGCUCCAAAAUCGCCAGCUGCUCCGGCUCCAGCUGCGGCUCCAAAGUAUCAAUAUAAGAAGUCAACGACCUACUCGAAGUCCUACGCUAAGUAG